GAAGUCGUUGGCGCGUUGCCGGGUGCUUUAGUUACCGUCUUUCUGGUUUCGUUGGAGGCUGUGGGUUUGCAGGUUUGAACCUCUUGUGCUAAGAGCUGUACAUCACCAAUAAUGAGACUUGUAAUUCUUGAUAACUAUGACUUGGCCAGUGAAUGGGCAGCCAAGUACAUCUGCAAUUGUAUCGUUAAAUUCAAACCUGGACAGGACAGGUAUUUUUCACUUGGCUUACCAACAGGAAGCACACCUCUAGGAUGUUAUAAAAAAUUAAUAGAGUACUACAAGAGUGGGAACCUUUCAUUUAAAUACGUGAAGACUUUUAACAUGGAUGAAUAUGUAGGACUUCCAAGAAACCAUCCUGAAAGCUACCAUUCUUAUAUGUGGAAUAACUUUUUUAAGCAUGUUGAUAUAGAUCCUAACAAUGCUCACAUCCUUGAUGGGAAUGCUGAAGAUUUGCAGGCAGAAUGUGAUGCAUUUGAGCAGAAAAUAAAAGAAGCUGGAGGAAUAGAUCUUUUUGUUGGAGGAAUAGGUCCAGAUGGUCACAUUGCUUUCAAUGAGCCAGGAUCCAGUUUAGUAUCAAGAACGAGAUUAAAGACUCUGGCUAUGGACACCAUUUUGGCAAAUGCUAAAUAUUUUGAUGGAGACUUAUCAAAAGUGCCGACCAUGGCUCUAACUGUUGGUGUGGGGACAGUGAUGGAUGCUAGGGAGGUGAUGAUUCUCAUAACAGGUGCACACAAGGCAUUUGCCCUGUACAAAGCCAUCGAGGAAGGAAUCAAUCACAUGUGGACGGUUUCAGCUUUUCAACAGCAUCCCCGAACAAUUUUUGUAUGUGAUGAAGAUGCUACUUUAGAAUUAAAAGUUAAAACUGUAAAAUACUUUAAAGGUUUAAUGCAUGUGAACAAUAAACUCGUGGAUCCACUGUACAGUAUGAAAGAAGGAAACUGAAGGAAACUGGGGCAGAGUUGUCCUGGAAAAAAAAGUAAAAGAGCUUUUCUUACUCAGUGAAUAUUCAGCUUAUGCAAUAUGAAAAAAAAAUGGGGACAUAUAAAGAACAAGAACAGUGUGUGUUAAACAUUCCGUAUUUAGAAUGUGCCUAUUACCCUAAGGCCUAGAACAAAGUGGAUCCCCAAACUGGUUGGCUGUUAUAAAGUAUAGAAGCUAUAUAGCUAUGAAUAAACAGCAAAGCAGCAAAAUGUCUGCAUUUUAAGAGAUUCCACACAUCAGAUACUGUCAGUGACUUAAUCUGUUUGACUUAGUUACAAGAAGAUACUCAGCCCUUUCCAUAGAAGCCUUCACUUUUGGAAUGUAUAUUUUGUGCAUCACCCACAUGCAUUUUGCCUGUAGUUGCCUUAGUCAUCUUUCUGCAGUAGCACCUGGACAUCAGAGGUCCUGCUAUUCAUUACCAAGAAGAUCUAAAGAGAUGACAGUGCCCCAAAGUAGUUUACAUCCUUUCAGAAAGUAUCUGUAAGUGCAUGCUUCUAUGCACCUUGUUAUGUAGUACUUUUUUUUACAGAUAUGCUUAUUUUUAUUUAAUGACCUGGGUCAGUGCCCUUAAUAAAGAAGUAUAUUGGCAAUUAUAA